CUCAUUUUCUUUACGCCGUGCCCAGUGAAGUAGAAACGGUCGGUCUAGGAGACAUUUCCAGGGUAUAAUUACCAUCGUUUACAUAUUUUAUCAUUUUGCAUAUCGACAUUACGUCGAUUUCAAAACUAUUUUACUAUUAACGAAUACGCAUAUUUACAGGACACUCGAUUUAACUACUAAUUAUUUGCUUUCGUCGUCGCUUAUUAGUAUAUUUAAAACAUGAAGGCUCUCACCCCAGUUCGCCCUCAGAAGGAUUCUUCGAACUGCAGCGAGUUCGCUUUGCGUUGCUUGUCGGAACACAGCCUGAACAUCGCCCGGUGCAAAAUGGAAGAGGAAGAUCUCUUUUGCCUGCAGUACGACAUGAACGACUGCUACAGCAGACUGAAGCGCCUUGUUCCCACUAUACCGCAGGAUAAGAAAGUCAGUAAAGUGGAAAUCCUUCAGCAUGUGAUAGAUUACAUUCUGGACUUGCAGCUAGCGCUGGAGACUCACCCUGCUUUGCUUAAACAGCAACACGGGACAUGCCCGUCCGCCUCAAACAGGACACCAUUGACGGUUCUCAACACUGAACAGGCGACAUCAAUAGUCAAAAAGCAGGAAGACUCAAUUUUGUGUCGCUGAAAUAUGGCGCAAUGGUGUGCAGAAAGCCGAUCCAAAGCCAGCUAUGCCUCGUGAUGGAAUCGGGAGGCAGAGUCACAGGAGAUUGCAAACCGCUACUGCUAACGAAAAAAAAAUAAACCGUACUAGUUACUAAAGAUAAAACAAUAGUAAGAACCAAAUCAAAAACGCAUCUACGUCAGCGGCUAGUAGCCUUCUACUUUUGCCUAUUUUCAGAGAAGCGUAAUUGGAACCCAGAAGGCUCCAGUGUCGGAAAGCGCUUCGUUUGCUAAGGCGUGUUGGAAGCUGUCAUUUGAUUGGCAUUCACGAGAACCCAAGAUUAGUUGAUUUUUUCCUAUAUUAAAUUUACUAAAGAUCAGAUUUUAAAGCUUUACUAAAAAGUAAAAUAAUUGUUCCUUCUGGCAUCUAUUGUUUAAAAUAGGUGAUUUGUGUUGAACAGGGAUUUCCCUGUAAUGAACUGUUUAAUAUUGUAAAGAGGUACAAUGACUCAUGACAAUUAAUCUUGUAUAUAUAGAGACAGAUGUUCUAUAAAUGUAUGUGGAAGAAAAUAUCUAUAUGCUCAAAUAGACUAUUGUAAUUAUAAAAUAUUUUUAUUAAAACCCUUUGUUAUGUAAAUAUUGCAUUUUCACUUAUAAGUGUAGUGAAUGAAUACAUUAUGUUCUGCUAAUAAAGUCUUCACAUUAUAUCUGUUUAUUUCUUGUGAUUUUAUAAUUUAAGUAGUUAAUAAGCAUGCAGCAUGCAAGGCUUGACAGAAAGAUGAAAAUGUAGGUUGUGCACAGAAUUAUCUUGUGUAUUUUUUCAUUGUAAAAAUAACCCUCCAUGUUAUACAUUUUGCUUUCAUCCAGGGGAGAAAAUAACGUUUUUUGUGCAUCACAAUAAAACCUCCAUGCACAGAGCUGUGCAUUGCCUUAGUUUUUAAACGGGCCUCUGCAAGGGAAACACCUUUAUGAUAUUCAGUGACAUUUGCACAUUUCAUAUCACUUUAUUCUUUUUAACACCAACAUUUCAUGUCUUUAUUUGACAAGCGACCUUUUUUCAUGACAUUUUUUGACCUGUACAUUAGAGAGGUUGUUGACGAGGCUGUAUAAGAUGUACAGUAAUGUGGUGAAAAGUGUUUAUAAUCGGUUUAUUUUGAGGUCACGAUGGGGAAUAUAUUGUUUUGCUGUCUUUAAAACCUGGUGGCACACCAUCAUGUUACUGACUGUUUUGGGGUGUUUCAAAAUUGCUCUGUUGUGAAAUGCCAGGGAGGUGAAUAAUCUGAGAUGUUACCUACGGUAAAAAAAAAAUGUUGAAAACUAGGCAGUGAUUUCCUUUGUAAAAAACACACACUGAAGUAUGAUCUCUAGAACAUAUUUGGAACAAUUGAAUGUGUCAGUUCUGAAUGUGAAAAAGCCUUGCUUCAAAGCUAUUUUUUAUCAUGAUGUCAUGAGUGGAAGUCUUAAAUUUCCAUGAUUCACUUUUGGUCAACACACAGCCUGUAGAAGACCCAUAACAUGUAUUUGUCUGUGCACUGUCUGUACUGAAAAUGACCUUCGCUCAGUUGGCUGUGAAUUGCUUACAGUUGUCAAAACAUUAAACGGUCAUGUUUACAGUUA